UAUGAUGCGGUGCCUAGCACGCUAUCUAGGGCGUCUUCGAUUAGUGCCUCCACCAACAACUUCAUUCUUCAUUAUUUUGAUAAUAAACGCGUCUCUUAGCACGAGCGACAUAUGGCCUCUGGACAGGCCGGAAGGUAUGCCAUCGAUCCAAUCGUUGGAAGUGAUGUGCGGCAAAGAUCACAUGGACGUUCAUUUAACGUUUUCUCAUCCGUUCGAAGGUAUUGUGUCUUCGAAAGGCCAACACGGUGAUCCUAGGUGCGUUUACGUCCCACCGGCGUCGGGUCAAACUUUUUUUUCAUUUCGAAUAGCGUACGCGAGGUGUGGUACCAAACCCGAUUUACAUGGACAGUUUUACGAAAAUACAGUUGUCGUGCAAUAUGAUAAAGAUCUUUUGGAAGUGUGGGACGAGGCUAAGAGAUUGAGGUGCGAGUGGUUCAACGAUUACGAAAAAACUGCUUCUAAACCUCCUAUGGUCAUCGCCGAUCUCGAUGUUAUACAACUCGAUUUUCGCGGUGAUAAUGUGGAUUGUUGGAUGGAAAUUCAGCAUGGAAAAGGACCUUGGGCUCCUCCAGUAAGUGGAAUCGUUCCUUUGGGUUCCACGUUGACGCUAGUUGUCGCCAUAAACGAUUACAGAGGAGAAUUUGACAUGCGCGUAAAAUCGUGCGUAGCUUCUGACGGUACCGGUCAUUUAAUUCAAUUAUCCGACGAAUUCGGGUGCGUAUUGCGACCGAAAAUGAUCAGUCGUUUCUUGAAAGCGCGCGGCGCAGAUGACAGAGCGUCAGUUAUCACUUACGCAUUUUUUCACGCCUUCAAAUUUCCGGACGCGCUCAGCGUCCACAUCAAAUGCAAAGUGGAAAUUUGUCGACACGGUUGUUUGGAUCAUUGUCAACUGCAACCGGAUGGUACCGGCGAUACAAAACCGGAUCUGUCGCACUACAAGAACCAUUUGGAGAGGAAGGACGAUAGAUUGUCUUCGGAGGAAAAAAUUCACGAUUCUCCCAAUCAAAACGUAGACGAAGACGAUUUACUUUACGAAGAAGUGAUCUUGAAAGAUGACGGUGGCCUAUUGUCGGAUAGUAAAUUAUCAGGUGCUGUGAAAUUAUCACUGAGCGGAGGCCAGUUAGACAACAACAGAAUUCAGUCGAAGAAGAAGCCGGAUGGAAUUGUAGAUGAGGAGACAGAACUUGAUAUAACGGCGAUGUCGGAUAAGGAAAUUUAUCCAAUGCCUCCGAAAGACAAAUUCCCGCACGGUCCUAGAAAUAUUAACGAGCCCUUAGUAGGUCCAAGGAGUUUAGAUAGUGGAAAAUUCGAGGAAGCACAACAGAAAACGUCGAACAACGAAGACACCAAAGAAAAUAUUUUCUCCAAUCGACAUAAAUCCCAAUCGUUCGAAGGUAGAAGGAAACGAUCCGUCGUUGUUUCGGACAGGAAGGUCCGUAGCACGGACGUGGGCGUCAGUAGUCUCUACGAGGUUAUUUCUGAGGCCGAUCUAGCAUUUAGUCCGGAUACUAGAGCGGAGGCCGUUACAGUUUUUCAAGGACGUAUCAGAGAGGAAGUCGUCUACGGUAUUUGCAUGCCCGUUCCGGGAUUUAGUGUUUUAUUUGUAUUGGUAGCCGUAUCGGCGGUCGUGUCUGCACUCGUUGCUGGAACACUUCUUUAUAGGUAUCAGCUUCAAAAAGAGCAUCUUGCACAACAAGCACAAGGUCGAAACGCAUCGAUACCUUUGAGCACUUUUACCAAUUGGAUGGGAUUUAGAAUGCUGAAAAGCAAAUGUAGUCGUUCACCAGCAGCCCGUUCCGCGUCGAAACAAAAUGGUGAAGCGAGGAUGAAUGGGAAAACGACAACUAGUUCGACUACUUGA